UCUCUCUCAGCUCUCUCUCCUUCAGCUCUCUCUCAGCUCUCUCUCUCAGAUCUCUCUCAGCUCUCUCUCUCUCAGCUCUUAGCCUUCUCUCACUCAUAUCUCUCAGCUCUCUCUCAGAUCUCCUCAGAUGGCUGGUCUCCACAUCCUCACCCUGCUCUUCCUCUCAGUCUCAGGGCCAGUGUGUUUGGGGUCAGUGCGGGUGAGCCGCAGUCUGCUGGAGUUGAGCGGUUUGAUGAAAUGCAGCACUGGCCGGCACGCACUGGCCUACACAGUGUACGGCUGUUACUGCGGGCUGGGGGGGCAGGGCUGGCCCAGAGACACCGCCGACUGGUGUUGUCAUAAGCAUGACUGUUGCUAUGCAAAGGCGGUGGAUAAAGGCUGCAACUCCAAAUCAGACAGAUACAGAUGGAGCUGUGGCGCUUACGAACAAGACUGUGCGGACGUAGACGACCCCUGUGAGAAGAUGCUGUGUGUCUGUGACCGAGACGUCGCAAGGUGUUUGAAGAAAGCUCCGUUUAACCUGGAGUACAGCGUGUACCCCGGCUUCCUCUGUGGAGCCGACUUUCCAACAUGUGCUUAUUACUGAUGCCUACACACAAACACAUUCCCCUCAGUUACAUCAUUAUAGAGUUCCUGUUUCUGGAGUAACGUCCUCGUGUCCUUCCUGAAACGCACUGUCCGUCAGACGUUUGUGGGCGUUCUAAUAAUAAUGAUCAUGUUUUCUUUAUCAGGUCACAGAAUCUUCCCACAUUAAAGCCUAAUCAGGUUCAUUUAGAGGAAAACAGUAUCAAUGUUUAAAUAUCUGUGCCAACCCCGGUGGUUACUAAGGUUUCGCUAGGUCGUUGAUAUGGUAUCCCAUGUUGCUAGGUUGCAGCGAUGGUAUUCCAGCUGGUUACCAAGUGAUAUCCUAGCUUGCUAAGUUGUUGCAGGAUUGUUGCUAUUGUAUCCCAGGUGGUUGCUUAAGUUUUACUAGGCUGUUCCUAUGGUAUUCCGGGUGGUUGUUAAGGUGUAAAUAGGCUAAUGCUAUGAUAUUCCUGGUGGUUGCAAAGUUGUUAAGAUGCUGCUGCAACGGUAUUCCAGGUGGUAUCCUAGCUUGUUGCUAAGGUGUUGCAGGAUUGUUAUUGUAUCCCAUGUGAUUACAAAUAUUUUGCUUGGCCAUUGCUACGGUAUCCCUGUUGGUUAUUAAUGUGUUGCUAGGCUGCUGCUAUUGUGUUUCUAUGGUAUGCCAGGUGGUUGCUAAGAUGUUGCGAUGGUAUCCCAGGUUUUUGCUAAGAAGUUGCUAGGCUGUUACUAUGGCAAUUCUAGGCUAUUCCAGGUGGUUGCUAUGUUUUUAAACCACUUUUGGACAGAAAACUGUAAUUAUUUAGACAAAAAAAAGUUACUUCAACUACAUUUCCCGCAAACCUUUGAUGGGCAGUGCAUAGAAGCCUCUUUCUUACUAACAUUAAAUCAUUCUCUGAUAGCACGAUUCACUUUUAUCAAUUUGUUUUUAUUAAAAACAUGGUCAUUCAUUUUGCUUCAGCAUUAAGCGAAAAAGGGGAAUCAAUACAAAAAUAAACAUUUAUAAAAUCAACAAAAUUACAAACUACAACAGACAAAUAACGAACACAACCUGUACGGAAUAAAGAAUUUACCGUAACUAA